CACAGUGUACUAAAGGCCACUGCGAAGCGAUCAUCGCGGAUAUACCCAAUCGAUUGUUUCCGAUUACUAAUUAAUAUUGAAAACACGGCAUAUUGAUUUCACCUUUCACACCAAUUUAAGUGUUUUUUUAAAAUUUAAAACAGUCACGCGGAACGCAUGGUGUAGACCAGUCACAAGAAAAUGUGUGAUAUUACUUAUGAAAUUAACUAAUACUAUCCGACUUCACUUUACAUAAUUUUGUUUGAGAAAAUCUGUGGGUUAAGUGAAAAUAAAGCGUACAUAGAGUGGUAUCACUGAAAUGUGAUACCACGUACCAACAGCCACGACGGAGAAGGUCAAGAAAGAUCCUAGGCGGCCAAGAAGAAAGAGAAUAUCAGACAUGAGGGUUGACCUACGCGGUAUCAAGUGUGCAACAGCACUCCGGGCCGGUUUCAAAGCUGCGAUGUACGAAAGCAGCUGCUCCUACGCGGGGGCCCUUGAAUUGAAGAGGAGUGCGUUGAAAGAGGAACCUUGGCCGGCGACAGAAUGGCCUCCGUACAGACUACAUCAAUCCACCUUCGAACAGUUGAAACAGAGUGUGGAGAAGGCAAAGGCAGCGCUACAAGACAGAUCAGGGUUGUUAGGAUCGGCGAGCGCCUUCGGUGACUUCUAUGGGGGACAGUUGGGUCAAGAUACAGCGAGCACAACCCUUGGUUUCGGAAGGUCUGCUCGCACUGACGACUCAAUGCUUGGAUCUAUGGACAAAAACAAGACGAUUGGUUCUGAUAAGCUGUCAGGCGGUCUCAGCAAGGGAUAUUCUACACCAACGCUCACAGACACACUACGAGGAACCAAAUGUACAGAUGCGUCCUACAAAAGUACGUGGUCUACUCACGCGACGUCACAGGGUACACAAGGCUAUGGCACCAAUUCCUUAUCGGCCAUGUCGAAAUCGACACUGGACGCGCACACGCAUCUUCGCCAACCAGAUCCAUAUCAGAUGUUUGGACCCACAAGCAGUCGGCUAGCGAAUUCGGGUUCAGGCCAGAUCCAGCUGUGGCAGUUCCUGCUCGAACUGCUGAGUGAUUCGAGCAACGCCGGCUGCAUCACGUGGGAGGGAACCAACGGGGAAUUCAAGCUGACGGAUCCCGAUGAGGUGGCGAGGCGCUGGGGCGAGCGCAAAUCCAAGCCGAACAUGAACUAUGACAAACUGAGCAGAGCGUUGAGAUACUACUACGAUAAAAAUAUAAUGACCAAAGUCCACGGGAAGAGAUAUGCGUACAAAUUCGAUUUCCAAGGGCUUGCGGCGGCCACGCAGCCGGCCGCGAGCGACCCCGCUUACAAGUACCAGAGCGAUUUGUUUAUGAGCUCGUACCACCACUCGGCUAAACUCUCGUCUUUCAUGGCCCCGCACGCAGCUAUGCCGACUUCUACAGCGUCGAUAUUCCCGUCAGCUUCGUGGGGUAACUGGGGCGGAGGCGGCAGCAACCUCUACUCGCCGCACUCAAUGGCACCCCCCCAUGUGACGUCACACCUUGGAUCAUAUCCCCACUACGCAUGACCAGUCAUAUAAAUGACUAAUGAAAGGAUUGAUUACUUUACACUAUACGGAUAAAUAUAAAAUAGAUAAUUUGAUGAAAUUGACGAGAUAACGUCUUAAUUAUCAGUUAAUAUUGUAAACCAUAUUGAUGCCGCAGGAGGAUAACCCAACAGACUAAGUUAAUAUCGAUUGCAUGUUGGUAUAUUUGAAACCGCAAUCAUAAUUGCUCAUACCUCAAGAAAAAAUAUUGUUUGUCAAGAUUUAUAGUAUGCUGAAAAGAAAUAAAACAAUAUAAAAAAAAACAAAAUGUAAAGCUUUAUGAAUAAUAGUCAACUCGUUAUGUAAGUAUGACAAGUGCGCAGCAUUAUUUAAACUGUCCUUUAAAGGAAUUCUCAACGUGACAUCUCAGUAUCAAUGUCAUCAAAA